AUGCAGGCAUCCAGGACUCUGCUGUCAAAACAAACUCUGGCUGUUGUCGCUCGCCAGCCGGCCUGCUUUGUCCACCAUGGUGAUCAUGGCAAUUGGGGAAAUACCAAUAUUGCAGUGGUUUUCUCAGGAUGUGGCUGGUGGGAUGGGACUGAUGUCCAUGAGGGAGUAUACACCAUGUACCACCUGAGCCGUAACGGUGCUCGCUUCCAGAUGUUUGCUCCGAACCAGCAGCAGAUGCACGUGAUGGACCACAUGAAGAAGCAGCCGGGCUCUGGGGAGAACCGGAACAUGAUGAUGGAGUCGGCUCGCUUCAGUCACGGUCAGGGAAUGAUGCAAAUGCAAGAUCUGUCCAAGCUGGACGUCAACAGCUUUGAUGCCGUUAUCUUUCCCGGAGGCCACGGCAUGAUCAAGAAUCUAUCCACUUUUGCGAAGGAUGGAAAAGACUGCAAGCUGCAAGGUGAUGUGGAUAAGGUGCUGAAAGACUUCCACCGCUCUCGCAAGCCUAUUGGACUGGCCAGCAUGGCUUCGGUCCUGGCCUGCCGCGUGCUGCCCAGCAUCGAGGUGACCAUGGGCUACGAGAAGGACGAAAACACCCGCUGGGGGAACUGGCCCCACACCAACAUGGUGCAGGCCGUGAAGAGCAUGGGCGCUCGCCAUAACGUCCGCGAGCCAUAUGAAGCCUUCGUGGAUGAGAAGAACAAGGUGGUCAGCACCCCGUCCUUCAUGUGGGAAACGGAGUAUCACUACCACUACAUAUUUGAUGGCAUUGGAAACAUGGUCAAACAUGUCAUGCGUAUGUCAACCAAGUGAUGUGACAUUUUCAGCCUGAAAAAUAAGGAAGUUGGUGUCGACGUGUGAUGUACACCUC